CUUUUGCAAUAUUACUCUGCUCAUCCAAGUUCAUCAGACGCGUCAAAAUGUCGUUUAUUGGGCCGAAUCCAGAAGGAAAUGUGAUGAAUAAUGCGAAUCAGGAUUCCAUUACUCUUGGGCAGCUGAGAACGAUGGUCAACUCUAUACCUAAACCGAAACAAUGGUGGUACGACUACAACUACGACGAUGAAGACACAGUCAUGAAUGAGAUUGAUGAGCUAUAUUCAUAUGUCGAGAUGCCCCAGGUGGCGGAGAAUUUGAGGGCAUGGCACGGAUCUUUCGAUGGAGACUGGACCAAGACCCCACUUCCUCAGCGCAAAGCUCACGUCGAACUCCUCCUUGAAGGACUUGAACACCGAGAUGCUGUGAUUCGCUUUACAAACGCGCGCCGGCUUUUCUAUAUUGUCCAAGGAUCAUUUGCAGAGACGGGAUCACCAGAACACCAACUCCAUUGGAUCUUUGAGAACUGCAAGAUUGUCCGAGCAGCGAACGGUGUCAGCACGAUCGUGGAAGCCAUGAAGAUUGCAAGUUCAAAACAUGAUUUGCUAUGCAGUCUCUCUGACACUGACAUCGCACAUUUGCGUGUUACACCUGAAGAGAAGUCUAAUCUCCUCGAAGAGGUGUUGACAGAGCUUUCCGUCUAUGUUGGAAUGUUGUACCAUUUGAUCGAAAUAUUCAAGGGAUACGACGAGUUCGCAGACGAGUUAAUGAGUCUAGAUCCGCCCCUCCCCGUCUACGUGUUUAGUGUCGUUUCUGGUCUACGCGAUAAAAGUGCUAAAGGAUAUCCUGUGAAGAAGCUCUUAUUACUUCUUUGGAAGACUUUAUUAGCUUGCUUUGGUGGAUAUCGUGACUAUGCUAGAGUCAAGAAACUCGCGAGAGAACUGGGAGGACUAUCGAAUAGUCCAGAGGUGCUUGAAGGCGCCACACUCAUUAAGUCUUCACCAUUCGACAUUGAGGCAUUCCGUCAAGAAACUUUUGUUAAGUAUCCCACCUUCGCUCCUCCUCCUCCGCCUCCGGCUGUAGAGUCCCCCAUCCCUAAAUUAGCCAGUUCGAACUUUACAUCCAAACUGGCUCAGGCAUUCUCUCCCAUUCCUGUGCGCCAUCACUACCAUAACGAUGAGUCCGAGAACCAACCCGGUCUUCCUCCGCACAAUAACAUGAUGUUCCACCAUCAGCACAAUAAUGGUUAUCGACCUAUCCCUCAACCAGCGACACCAGCUCCCUCACCACCAUCCGUCGUCGGUCCAAAGCCAAAGAAACAGCAGUACCAAACAGACCAGAACCGACCGUUCUUGUUUCCCUUUUCGAGAAGCCAGGGUAAAGAUGCUAGGCUCGUGCCCUUCGCCAUCGAUGAAGCCGACAAACUGUACUCUAGGCAUAUGUACGUUAGUUUGUCAUUGACUCAAAUGUGGCGAACAAGGGAGGACUGUAUGACGUUUGAGAGUGGGUUGGACCAUAUGCCGGGAUCUGAGGGCAAAUUUGAGCCGUCUACUUUUUCAGCAAAAGAGUCAGAAUCGGCUGAGCCAUUGCCUGAUGUCGCCCUCCUAGAUGCCAAAAUCGCUGAGGCGACCGGGGCCCUGGAACGAGUAGAAACCGCCGUGGAGGAGAGAAAGGUGAAAGAACGACGGGAAGAUUUGAUGCGCUUGAAACGCGUGGAACAGAUCUAUAGUGCUGGUCUGCCCGUGCUGUCCGGCUGGGUUCUGGUCUGUCUCAAACUACUGUUAGCCACCGUCACAGCGGGCACGAAUAUGCCACUUCCACAAGCAGCUACGAUGUUCCCUGGCGUUGCUUCGCCACAGGAGCCCCCCAUACCACCCCCUACACCGACCCUGGAUGAGCUUGAUGUUACUCGACACCGAGAGAUUACUUCCAAGGCCGUAUCGGCAAUCCUACUUAUGGUUUUGAAAUGGUUCAAGGUGUCGCACGUGAUGAAAUUCCAUCACUUGGGGCAGCUGCUACUGGACACAAAUUGCUUAUUGCUGCUUCUGAAAAUGUUCGGGUUGCAAGAAGUCUCUACGUCCCUUGUAGCGCGUAAUGAUUCCCCUGAAAACAACUUCUUCCGAUAUUGUUACCUCCAUUUCUCCAAGAACCCCCAACCAAUGCGGCCGGAAGACUCCAUGCUAAAACCACCAAGGCAGACAAUUACCAAGACCCGUACACUGCCCAACGGAGAUAUUCUGGAGGAAGAGGUCGAGAUGGUUACUGAUUUCUCGUGGAGGAACUUCUUUUCAACCAUCAAUUUUGCGAAGAUCAUGCAGAAGCUAUCGAAACACCGAUCACAUAGAAUAUGGAUGUUAAUACAAUACAAAAGCUCAGCAGUAUUGAAACGUAUACUAAGGGUCCAACACCCGAUGCUGCAACUACACUUGCUCAAGUUACUCAAAAGCCAAGUUCCAUUCUGUGGCCGGAAGUGGAGACAAAGCAACAUGAAACUCAUAACGGCCAUAUACUUGAACUGCAGACCAGACCUUCGCGAUGAAUGGCUGACGGGCUCAGAAACUGACGAUGCCGCCGACGCCUCUGCGCAGGAGACCGCGUUGCGGCAUCUCGUCAAAUUCUACAACACCAAGCGAUACGGUACCAACGCGACCGCAAACCAAUUCAACCCUUUACAUCGCCGUUCAGGGAGCAUGUCACAUCACAUAGAAGGUCUCCAUCCCGGCCCGGAGCUUUCUGGGAUCAUCCGCCCCAAUGGAACACCUAACAUCGCGGAUGCGGAUGUUUUCCCUCCGGCUCGUUCUCAAGCACCGGACCCGUCAAUAUUUCUCCCUUACACGGCCGAAGAUAUUAACUUUGAGGAUGAGUACGAAGAAUAUAUAUCCGACCUCGGGUGGUCCGAUGAGCAGGGCGGUCCGUUCGAGGGAACCUCCGCCUGGCAUCGGUUCCCGGUGGAUUUUGCUGCUGACAUUGCCGAUGGGAUAAGCGAAAGUGAGAGUAUUGUCUCUAUCGGUGAUCUGGGUGAUGACGCGCGGUUGAACCGGGAUGAACCGCAGGGCCAUGAUGAGAAUAGGAAUGACUGGGAGCAUAUGAGUCCCAAGACGAUGGCCGCUCUGCCCAAAUCUCCAGCCGGCGGACGACGUUCGAGCUCAGGAAGCGGUCUACGUCCUGUCAUACCUUUUGGCUUGGACAGUGAUAGCCCUAUUGAUCUAGAAGAUGAAGACGAAGAUCUUCCGGAAGUAGGACACGCUCCGCGGGAGGAUUCUGCAUUUGCCUCGGGAGCAGGUGUAGACGAGGUGGAGUAUGUUUACGGUGUUUAACGAUUUCGGCUAUCAGUAUGUAUGUUUGUGUAUCCUUGAAUCUCAUAAUAUCAUGUGCAGCACCAUACAUAGAUGGACAAAGAUUACAUCCGCGAAUCUGUAUACAUCAAAACAUACUAUUAUAGUUAAAUCGCAGCCCCAAGGAGCGUCUCAUCCAUCUUGAUAGCCUC